GAAAUAACGUUAAAUUCAUUACGUAAUGGUCUAGAAUGGUCAUUACAGGUAUAAAUGAGCCCGCCCAAAGUCAUACCAAGUACAGUUGAAAAAAAGGCAGAGAAUAUAUCAUUGUGUUUUUAUAAAAAAGAGACUUAGAUUACAGUUAUCAUUGAAUAGGCAAUCAUGGACAACGACGUCUUGUCUAUUCUGAGUUUUAACAGUUCUAGAAAGGGGCUUCAAACCUUAUCACCUCACAUAAGAUCAGGAUAUUUGCACAGAAUAUUUCAAUGUCCGGACACAAAACCGGACAUAUGUUUCCUUCCCGGAGACGACGAAGCUGCAAAACUCAACGCUAUAAGGGGUUAUGGUCAAUAUACUCUUCAACAAUGUGAAGGUACCGUUUUUUUAUAUGACGUCAACAGAGUACAAAUGAGUCGGCCAAAUGUUAGCUUGAACUCAAUCGGAAGUUUGCCUGGCCUUGACCUUGAUAAGCUGGUGGUUCCUCAUGUAAAGGUAUUUUCCCUGCAACCACAUCAGCGAGUUGUUAAAGAGUUUUCUAUGGUCUCCUGGAAGUACGAUUUGUUUCAGUCAGCCACUGUACCUGCUGAAACCCUCAUGGAAAGUAUUCUAAUAUUUUCACAAAGGCUGAUUAACAAAACAGAGAAACCAAUUUUCAUUGGGGGAGAAAUGAAUAUCGAAUUUGAUACUUUAAUGGAAAUAGUAAAGAAAAUUUCAAAGGAUAGAGAAAUGACAUUUUUGAAGAGUCUUAAACCGGAUGCUGAUGAGCAGUGCUAUACUCCGUCCAUGCUAAAGGGAUCGACAACAGACAUUCGACAUAGGUUUAUGAUGAAGGUGUAUCGAUGCAAAUCAAAUAGUUCAAAUGACAAUAUUCAGGCACAGGACUACAGACAAAAGUCCGACGUUAUAAUUCCAGAUUGCUUUAUAGCAUCGAAACAUCUUGAGCUUAAAGACGCAUCUCUUUUGGAUAUCGAAAAGGUCCCUGGACGCCAAAUUAGCAUGCCAUUAUUACAAAAGCAUAAGCCGACACAAACCUCGAUGGAAAUUCCCGUGAGACCCCCAAAACAUCAUGGAGGUUAGGAAGACUAAUAAUCAUGUCAUCAACGCUGUAUUAGCGAGCUUUUCGCAACUUUUCGAGUUGAGUUUCAAUUUGUUAUCUAAAUCACUUAUAUUUUCUGUGAAGCAGAUUUUAAACAUUGAUAUUCUGUUGAAAUUUGUCGAAAAUGUUCGCAUG